AUGGCAUCCGAGGAAGCAGCAGCAAGCAGCAGCUCGGCUGUCCCAGACUCAACACCAGCUCCAGCCCCGGCACAGGAAUCAGCACAGGGAUCAACAUCUACUGAGACGCCGGCGGAAGCCUCGGCCGAUGCCCCAGCUCCGGCUCCGGCUCCAGUCAAAAAGGUGGUCAAGAAAACAAAGAACUACAGCACCGACCCAGCCCUGUACAUCUACACCUCCUUGACCGCCGGCAACAGGCAUAUCAUCACAGCCACCUCGCGCCUCGAGACCAUUCUGCGCGCCAACCGCGUGCCCUUCAAGGCCAUCGACGUCGCUACUGAUGAGAAGGCGCGCAUGCUCUGGGGCCGCCGCGCAGGCAAGGCCGCCGAAGGCCGGCCGCGGAGGCUGCCCGGGCUCGUACAGACAGGCAUCGUGCUCGGCGACAUCGUCGAGAUCGAGGAGUGGAACGAGUACGGCGAGCUGAAGCAGCACGUCAAGAUCUACUACGACGAGUUCACGCAGCCCAAGAAGGGCGCCGUCGCCCCCGUGCCCAAGUACAAGCAGCCCGAAGACAAGACGCCCUACCCGCCCGCCAUGCUGAACCCGCCGCCGCCGCCCGAGCGGGUCAAGAGCCCCGCGGAGCAGAACGCCAACAAGAUCGCCCAGGCCCUCAAGAACUCGUCGAACAACACAGUGAAGGCCGCCACACGGAGCGUCGCGGAGGAUGCGGCGCAAAAGGCCCAAGAGAUCGCGCAGAAGGCCAAGAAGGCCAAGCUGGAGGCCCUGAGGGAGAAGGUCCACGGCAAGAAGGCCGAGGCGGGCGGGGAGGCGGCGGAGGCGGCGGAGGCGUCAGGUUCGGCAGAGCCGCCGACGAAGGAGAUGUCACAGCUGUCCGUUGCGGCAUCCACGUCGUCCGCCGCCACCGGCGCAGGCCUGCAGUCGCCCACGAGCGGCGCGUGGAAGAGCAGCGAGGACGCGAGCCUAGGCGCGGCGUUGCAAUCGGUCCAGAGCCCUACGACGGCCACGUGGAAGGCGCCGGCUUCGUCAGGCGAGGAGACGUUCGCGGGCGCCAGGGUGGCCAGUGUGAGCAAGGAAGAGAUUGAGGCGAUAGAAAUCCGGGAGACCCUCAAGGAGGAGCCUGGGGAGGACGACGAGGAGGCUGCUGUGGCAGACGAGGGAGCGGACGCCAAGAAGGAGGAGGCGGGCAAGGCAUGA